AUGGCUUCGCCGACCCCUCAAUCAGAGAAUGAUGCCACAUCCACUAUAUAUCCGGAGUCCUACUAUAGCAGACAUCAUCUCUACUCGUACAACGGAACCAUCGACUGCUUCCGAGUUAUAUGGCCUAUUUUCGCCCCCAUCUCAGAAAACCUGAUAGCCAACGAUGCAACCGAUCCACUUUCAGCCACGCGACCGUACUUCGACCUCCAAACACAAACCUUUCAUCCAAUUUCCAAAGCCUACGUAACUCACCUACCAGCCUCAACCAUGUCCUUCAGAGUCCAGUGUCUGGGAGAUUACCAGUCUUAUGUUGACGACUGCUGUAUCUGUAUCCAAGCCUAUGACCUUGAAGAGUGCCAGUGUCGCGAUCGUGAUAUAGAUGUCGACCCUUUGAUCGUCAGCAAUCCUCGUGGGGUGACUAUCGGCAACGUCGUAUCCGCUGGCAGCAAUUUUUUCGCGGCGCACAAGAGGUCAAUCUUGAUUGCUGAAAGCUUUGAUAAGAAGAUUUUAGGAAUUGUAGGGGGGUGUCAUGGGGAAGAUGAGGAGGGAAAUAUCAAGCCACUACCAGAGAAUUCACGGCUUUAUUUGAAAGCCCCAUUUCUUCAUUCCUUUGUAUUCAAGGAGGACACAGGGAAUGGGGCGACGUUGGAUACGUUCCGAGGGACAACGGCCGAGUGGGCGAUGAGGGUAAAGAAGAAAGGAUACACUGUCUUUGCAGCUGGAGAAGUUCCUGAGAGAGUUAUCGGUAGGAUUGAUGCUACUCCAAUGACUGAUUAG